GGUAAAGAUGACUCAGGAAAAAAGAAAAUGGGUGGAGAUGACUCAGGAAAAAAGAAAAUGGGUGGAGGAGACUCAGGAAUGAUGAUGGGUGGAGGAGAUUCAGGAAUGAUGAUGGGUGGAGGAAACUCAGGAAUGAUGAUGGGUGGAGGAGACUCAGGUAGUUCUGGUGGAACAAUUAACUGUGGCGAUUCAAACAGCGGAGGUUUACUUGGUAAUAUUGUCAUUCUUGGAAGUGAUAGCUCACAAGAGUGUGGAUAAACUUAAAAUUGAAAAACUUCACUCUUGAAUUGAAAAACAAAAGAAAUAUUUAUUAAUAAAAUUGAAAAAAAAAAUUAUUUAUUCAUGUAUUAGAGAAAUACACGCAUUUUAUCAUGUAUUAUAUUACGAACAAGUAUUGCAUUUUGUAUUAGAUGAUAUAUAAACAUAGCACACAAUUAUUAUUAUUA